UGUGGCCCUCAUGGGGUGCAUGUGUUCAUUUUUAUGUCACUCUCAACAGUACCAUUUUAUUUCAUCUAGAAAACAUUCACAGGUUAAGAGAAUGAAUCUCUUUUAGAAACUCGGGAGAAUGAGGGUCAGAGAAAUGAAGUAACCCGCCUGUGGUUUCACAGCCAGUGAGUGGUGGCUCGUCUGAUAGUAAGUCCAAGGUUCUUUCUGUGCUGCCUCCCCCUUCAGAUCAGAUGCCAGAAGACUCUUGGGCUGAAAUUACGCUGAGGUAUACCAGUAGCUGGGAGGGAUUGUGUUUGUUUUAUGGAAACAGGUUCUGUCAGCUUCUCCAUAGCUACGGUUAAGUGUGAGACCAGAAGAACGGCUUUGAAAGAGAAGCAAAAUGCGUUCAUAGUUUUGACAAGAAGUCUGAAGGAAUCAGUCUGAUUGUAUGAGUCAAACCCAGGAAUUUUUCUGGAUCAAAGAAGUAUAGAGACAAAGAACACAGAGAAAGUAAGACUAGAUCCCCAAAAGGUUCCUAGGUAACACCAGCAACUGUGGCUGCCCAGCAGCUUGCUGACUACUGGUUAUAGGUAAGGAUCUUGCCAUUCUUCAGGCACCUAGGGAGUAGGAGCAAGGUGGUGGCUCUUUUCUUUUUAAAGCCAUAACCUCAUUAAUGCUGAUCAAGGAGAGCACAUGGCUCCCACCUUCCUCCUUUGGUUCUGUCUGCAUCCUCGUGAGCUCUUCCUAGCCACUAGCAGCCUGUUUCCUAGAAGCCCAUUACUCACUCUUUCAGUAGCAGCAUGCUAAACUGCUGUGUCUUGUUUGUGCAUGUUCAACAGAACAGAUGAGGUGGACGUGUGGGAGGUGGGGAUGUACCAUUCUCUUUCUGAGUUUGUGCGGAAUUUCCAGAGCUAGGCUCCCCACUCAAACCAGCCAGAGUGAUGUGACUUGGUUUCCUCUGCUGCCAUUCCCAACUUCCAGAGGCUGAGAUGCAUGAUUCAAAUAUGAAGUGGGAGCAGAAUUUGACUUUGAAGGUGAAGAGACUCUUUUCUGAAGGCUGCAUUGGAGGCCGUGAUCGAGCAGAGAGCCCAUGUGAACAGAUGGGGAGGCUUUCUGAAUAACAUGGCCCUUCGCCAUUAGCCUUGCCAUGACCACAUUUUUCACCAGCGUCCCUCCCUGGAUUCAAGAUGCAAAGCAGGAGGAGGAAGUGGGCUGGAAACUAGUUCCCAGGCCUCGGGGCCGGGAGGCAGAGAGUCAAGUGAAGUGCCAAUGUGAAAUCUCCGGGACGCCAUUCUCAAAUGGGGAGAAGCUAAGACCUCAUAGCCUUCCCCAUCCGGAGCAGAGACCGUACAGCUGCCCUCAGCUGCACUGUGGCAAGGCUUUUGCCUCCAAAUACAAGCUGUAUAGGCACAUGGCCACCCACUCAGCCCAGAAACCCCACCAGUGCAUGUACUGUGAUAAGAUGUUUCACCGGAAGGACCAUCUGCGGAACCACCUGCAGACCCACGACCCCAACAAGGAGGCACUCCACUGCUCUGAAUGUGGUAAGAAUUACAAUACAAAGCUGGGUUACCGUCGCCACCUGGCCAUGCAUGCUGCCAGCAGUGGUGAUCUCAGCUGCAAGGUGUGCCUGCAGACCUUUGAGAGUACCCAGGCCCUGUUGGAGCACCUGAAGGCUCACUCACGCCGGGCAGCAGGAGGUGCCAAGGAGAAGAAGCACCCCUGUGACCACUGUGACCGGCGGUUCUAUACACGGAAGGAUGUUCGACGGCACCUAGUGGUGCACACAGGUCGUAAGGAUUUCCUGUGCCAGUACUGUGCCCAGAGGUUUGGCCGUAAGGAUCACCUGACACGCCAUGUCAAGAAAAGCCACUCACAGGAACUGCUCAAGAUCAAGACAGAGCCAGUGGAUAUGUUAGGCUUACUCAGCUGCAGCUCUACAGUCAGUGUAAAGGAAGAGCUGAGCCCUGUGCUCUGCAUGGCCUCUCGGGACGUGAUGGGAGCCAAGGCCUUCCCUAGUAUGUUGCCCAUGGGUAUGUACGGUGCCCAUAUCCCUACCAUGCCCAGUGCGGGCGUGCCACACUCCCUGGUGCACAAUACGCUGCCCAUGGGUAUGAGUUACCCUCUGGAAUCUUCUCCUAUUUCCUCCUCAGCUCAGCUCCCUCCAAAAUACCAGCUUGGAUCUACCUCAUACUUGCCCGACAAACUGCCCAAAGUGGAGGUGGAUAGUUUUCUGGCAGAGCUUCCUGGAAGCCUGUCUCUCUCAUCGGCUGAACCCCAGCCCGCCUCACCUCAGCCGGCGGCAGCUGCAGCCCUCCUAGAUGAAGCACUGCUCACCAAGAGUCCCGCCAGCCUCCCCGAGGCCCUCUGCGCUGCUAAUGUGGACUUCUCCCACUUACUGGGCUUCCUUCCACUCAACCUGCCCCCUUGUAACCCGCCAGGGCCCACAGGAGGCUUGGUCAUGGGCUACUCCCAAGCUGAGGCUCAGCCUUUGCUCACCACUUUGCAAGCUCAGCCUCAAGAUUCCCCUGGAGCUGGAGGACCCCUGAACUUCGGGCCUCUGCACUCCUUGCCUCCUGUUUUCACCUCUGGCCUGAGUACUACCACCCUGCCUCGUUUCCACCAAGCAUUCCAGUAACCCCUACAGAAGUCCCCCAACUCAGUCCCUUGGUUCUGCCAGGGAGCCUAAGUACCCACCCCGUCCACCUCCCCCAUGAAGGCAGCUGAGCUUUCAGAGCUGGGUUCAAAAUGAAAAUUCUAGAGUCUACAUGGAGCACUUGGUUUGGGGGUUCAGGCUCCAGGAUCAAUCUAGACGGAUCCUUGAACCCAGCCCCGUGAACAAUCUAUCAUAGGACUUUCAGGUAUUUUUACUUUUAUUUUUUGAUUUGAACUGAGAGCUAUGUUUAACCCUCUGCCUCUCCAAAGCGUCAGAACCACCUUCACUCUGGAGAAGGAGAAGCCUCUUGGAGACAGAGGGUUUCAUCUUGUAUGACCUCAAGAGAAAAAGCCUAAGAAGCCCGCCUUCUGGUCCCAACCUGCAGACCCUGCAGCAGUUGGUUGUUGAAUCCCUGCUAUGAAAGGUCUCUUGACUAUUACCUGCUUCCAGCUGCCAGGCAGGAAAGAGGGCCUCUGUUCUCAGCCAUCCCACCCCACUCUACCAACAGCUCCAUUUCAGUCAGUGUUGUCCAGCAACGGUACCGUUUACACAUUUGCCUCAGACACACCAUUUCACCUCCCUCGCCACACUGUUAGCCUUAGAGUGAUUGCAGUGAACACUGUUUACACACCGUGAAUCCAUUCCCACCAAUCCAUUUCAGUUGCCACCAGCCUGAACCACUCGGUACCUGGUGUUAACUGGAGCCCUGUUUACAAGGCGGAGUCGGGUCUUGCUGACUUCUCUUCACUUGAGGUCACAUUUUUCCCCUGUGGGGAAAUAAACUGAUUUUGGACUGCUUCAGUUUCUGCCAUCUACCAUGACUGUUUCUAUUCCUGCCUUCCAUGGCAGUGUCCACAGGAGACAGGCAAGAAGAUUGGAGCAGCUUUCUCACAGGUCUGCGAUUUGGUUUUUCCUUCAAGUACAUCAUGACACCUUCGUCCUCCUGAACUGGAGAGCGGAAGAAAUGAAAGGCACCCCACAUCUUCCAUUUUCCUAAUCCCUAACCCUACCCUGGACAUCAUGAGCUGUUAUUUGUCUUGGAAGGAGGGGUUCUGGGCUCUGGGUUGGAUAGCAGAGGAGAAGGAAUGGGCCUUCGUGUGCGUCCCUCCUGCUUGUCCUUAUUCCAGGACACAGUAGGACUGUCAAGAAGAGUUUCUAGAAAGUUAGGAUUGGGCAGAUAGUUGAGUCCUAAUCUAUCCAAUUAUUGUUGCCUCUCAUACCAAAAUGUUCUUACCCAGUGUCCCUUUCCUCCUCUCUCUGCUUUGCAGUCCCCAUGGGCA